CACAUUCCUCUCCAAGCCCGAGCUGAACUGGCUAGCGAUGGGUGUGUCUGGACAGCGACGCAGCCAAAAGCACCCUCACAUGCUUGGCACCCAUGGUGGCUCCAGAAGGAAUCCCUUCUCUAAUUCCCCUUCAUGACCUGAGCUCUCACAUUCCUCGCUGAUAGCGAUCGACCCUCGAGAUGCUUUCGCGGUCACUAAGAAUAUCCCCGUCGGUGUGCCUGUUCUUGCUGUUCUGCGCAUUCCUAGGCUGGCAGCUCAGCCAUGGGCCUAUCCUCGGGCAACCCAUAGACCCCGCGGGCCCAGGAGCUGGCGAACCAAAGAUGCCGCUACGCAUCGCGGUUGUUACCAUGGUCACCGACGAGAAGUCGUAUAUCCACAUGUCGCUGAAGAAUAAGGACUACUACGCUCGUCGGCACGGAUACGAUCUCGUCGUUGACUUCGAAGCCCAUUCGGACCUUGGGACGACAUGGUGGAAGUACAAUAUGAUGGAGCGGCUAAUCAAGUCUAACAAGUACGACUGGAUGUGGUGGAUAGACUUUGACACCCUGAUCACGAACACGGACAUCAAAGUCGCAGAAAUCAUACAGGAGACCUUGGCCAAUGCCACGAACCCCGAUGAUAUCGACUUCCUAACCACCCACGAUUGCAACGGCUUGAACACAGGCUCCUUCGUCGUCCGCAGCCGCGAAAGCUCCGUCAAAUACCUCCGUGACACCUACGACAUCCAUGCAGUAGCCAAGUCGAGGGGGGAGCAAUACAGCGAACAGGACGCUAUGGCAAAGCUGUCAAGAAUCGACCCCGAGUCCGCGAAGCGAACAUUACAAGUCCCCCAAUGGAAGAUGAAUGCGUUUCCGCAGGAGAUCGCGUGCUUCGACGAGUCUCGUCAAGUCUGGAAACACGGGACCUUCGUAAUACAUUUCGCAGGUGCAUGGGCUCAUGUGAAAGGAGAUGAUCCGACCGGGCAGAUGAUGCGGAAGUAUGAAAAGGAGAUCAUUUGGGGAGAUUGGAAAGGGCUAUUUUAAAGGUUGCUUGUAGAUAUCGCAAUAGCGUUUGCAAUAGGUUAGACAUAGCGAGGAGUGGCGUUUUUGCUUUAGAUGCUAAUGUAGCGUAAAAAAGGACUGUAGUAAG